CUGGAAACAAACACAUCUUGUACAGCACUGAUCCAGGCAGUUGUUGUAAAGAUUUCAUUAUUGUUUUUAUGUUCCCACUCCUUUUUUUAAACUCUUGAUCAAGGUUUUGCUCUCGUCACUCGCCAAAAAGUUCAUCCACCGCUCCCCCAUCAUAAAAUUCUUCUUCCCCUCCUCAACAAUCAAUCGAAUCAACCACACCUUGCAUCAGCUAAUGGAUCAUUGCUUCAGAUCCCUCGCACGAUUGUCGAUUUCCACCAUUUUACUCGUGAUAUUUCUUUCUUCAUGCAGUUUCACUCGCACAGAAGCCUACGAUGCACUUGACCCGAAUGGAAAUAUCACAAUCAAGUGGGACAUUAUGAGUUGGACUCCGGACGGUUAUGUUGCCGUUGUUACUAUGUACAACUUCCAACAAUACCGUCACAUCCCACCUCCAGGGUGGACCUUAGGUUGGACGUGGGCUAAGAAAGAGGUGAUAUGGAACAUGAUGGGUGGUCAAGCCACUGAACAAGGAGAUUGUUCAAAAUACAAGAGUUCACCGCCACAUUGCUGCAAGAAAACUCCUUCGAUCGUCGAUUUACUUCCGGGGACUCCUUACAAUCAGCAGAUCUCGAAUUGCUGUAAAGGCGGAGUUAUCAACUCGUGGGCUCAAGAACCCAACAACUACGCUAGCUCGUUUCAGGUUAGCGUUGGUGCGGCUGGAACCACUAACAAAACGGUUAAACCGCCCAAGAACUUCACGUUGCUUGCACCAGGUCCGGGCUACACCUGUGGACCGGCUGUAGUUGGUAAACCGUCAAAGUUCAUAACUGCAGAUGGAAGACGAGUGACCCAAGCUAUGAUGACUUGGAAUGUUACCUGUACGUAUUCACAGUUUUUGGCUCAGAAAACCCCGACUUGUUGCGUGUCUCUCUCAUCGUUCUACAAUGAUACCAUCGUUCCAUGCCCUACUUGCACUUGUGGAUGCCAAAACAAUGCUACACACCCAGGAAGUUGCGUAAACCCAAACUCGCCAUAUCUAGCUUCGGUUGUUAAUGGUCCCGGUAAAAAUAGCUUAACCCCCCUGGUUCAAUGCACUCGACAUAUGUGCCCAAUUCGUGUUCAUUGGCACGUGAAGCUUAACUACAAGGAUUACUGGCGGGUGAAGGUCACAAUUACAAAUUUCAACUACAGGAUGAAUUACUCGCAAUGGAACUUGGUCGUUCAACACCCGAACUUUGACAAUCUUACUCAAAUUUUCAGCUUUAAUUAUAAGCCCCUCACCCCGUACUCUUCUAUAAAUGAUACCGCUAUGCUAUGGGGCGUUAAAUUCUACAACGAUUUCCUUAACCAAGCUGGACCGUUGGGCAACGUUCAGUCGGAAUUACUUUUCCGCAAAGAUAAAACAACUUUUACUUUCGAAAAGGGCUGGGCUUUUCCACGUAGAGUUUAUUUCAAUGGCGAUAAUUGCGUUAUGCCGCCUCCAGAAGCCUACCCGUAUCUCCCAAAUGUCGGCUAUCGACUAAAUUUAUCGAUACUCACGAUCUUCAUGACGUCUUUGGCUGUUUUCUUGAUCUUUGAGUAAGUAAUCGGCAUCCGUGUGUCUCAAAGUGCUCGUUGAAAGUGUGAUACAGCGUUCAAUCUUCAAGAUUUUUCAUGCUUCGUGGGUCCCAGGUGCGCGUUCCAUCCUAUUCAACGAGCAUGCGAUUUGUGGGUGAAUUCACCUAUUUACAACUGUUCUCUUGCAUAGUGUUCGAGUCUUUAGUGCUAAUUUAUAGUUGUAGUAACGGUAAGAACCUACGUUAACUAUUUGUAAUAUAAAUACUCGCAUUUGGAAUGUCUAUUGGUAACUUAUGUUGCCUUAAAUCGUAUAUUUAACAACA